AUGAAGAUGCUACCUGGGGUCGGAUUAUUUGGCUAUGGGUCCCUUGCCCGUGCUAAAAUAUCACUACUCCAAGCAGUGGGUUUUAAAGUUGAAGCGGUCUGGGCUCCAACCAUGGAACUAGCCAAGGAAAUAGCCACUGAUAUGAACAUCCCGUUUUACACGAACCGCGUUGAUGACGUGCUAUUGAAUCAUAACGUAGACUUAGUAUGCAUCAGUAAUCCGCCUAUAAUGCACUCACAGGUUGCAGUGAAGGCAUUGGGUAUUGGAAAACAUGUUAUGUGUGAGAAACCCGCUGGGUUGAACGAGAUUGAUGCAUUCAAAAUGGUUAACGCUGCCAGGUAUUAUCCUACCCUAAUGUCUAUCAUGGGUCAUGGACUGAGAUUUCUGCCUGCAUUCUCACGUAUGAAGACACUUGUACGAGAUGGAUACGUUGGGGUUGUGCAAUUGUGUGAAAUUCGCGUACACUGCGGGAGUAUAAUAAAGGAGAAAUACAACUGGGAAUGUGAUGAAGGAAUGGGAGGUGGCACACUGAGUGUCAUUGGUUCACAUAUGAUUGAUAUCAUCACCUACUUAAUUAAUCAAAAAGCAAUCAAAGUGCAAGGACGAUUAAAGACUUUGGUUGAGCAGACUGCCAAAAUCAAUGGUAUUCGGCGAAUCACAAGUGAUGAUUUCUGCACUUUUCAAAUGGAACUGGAUGGAGGUGCUUUUGCCACAAUAACGUUGAACUCUCACUGCUCUGGCGUGUUCUCCCAGGAAUUACUCAUUGUUGGUACAAAAGGUCGUCUUGCUGUCAGAGAAGCUGACUUGUAUGGUCAGUCAUCAGGCAUGACCAAAGAAGAGAUAAUAGUUGCUGAUUCUCUCCUCAUAUCAGAACAGCAGAGACUUGGGGUUUCUGAUGCUGUAUUGAAGGAACUGCCACUGCCAUACUUCAAAGGUGUUUUGAAGCUUAUCUGUGCCCUAAAAGAUGCAUUUGAGAGAAGAGAGGAUAAGCUGAGCUGGGAUUCUGAACCAGUAUCAAUGGCGGCUACAUUUGAGGAUGGAUUGUAUGUGCAGGCGGUUAUUGAUGGCGUCCGCCGUUCUAAUCAGACUGGGCUAUGGGAAAUGGUAGCAAUGCUGACUGAGGAGCCGGAUGCAAACCCCUAUCUGACUUCUGCUGCAGUACAUCGUAGUAGACAUUCAUUUACUUUUACUUAA